AUGCCUCCUAGACUAACCAAUGCGAAGCCUAAUACCUUGAACGAGACUAUGAAGCUCCUUCAGGUUGCGAUUGAGGAUGCCAUGUCCGAGUUAUAUGAUCUCGAAAGGGCUACUAUCAACCGGUAUGGCGAGAAGAUAUCGGACAGCAGGGAUCUGAGGAGCAACCUCCAAAGAUACUGGAAACAGAUAUCCGAGAUGCUCAAGACCGCAUACAUCAUCGGAGAUGACGUGGCGUUACUGCGAAGCCGUAUCAAGGCUGGUACCAAAGGCGAACUGCAAGCUCUGCUCGAAGAUUUGAAGGAGCAAAUUACGGAUGUGGAAUUACUCACCUCGGAUCUUGUCAAGUCUUAUGAGACUCCUGGAAUGGUAUAUUAUGAGAUCCCUGUAACGCCAUACGACAAGCUUUGGCAGCCAAAGGGCCGAAAGACUCAUCAAUAUGAACAGCAUGAUAACAGGGAAUGGUAUCCUGACGGACAUGAGGCCCUGCUCGGAUACAAAGAGGCGGACAUCAGGGUGUUCCAGUGCCUAAAGGUCUUGAACUCUGCCUGGAAGGAUCAAUUGGAAUUCUGUGACAAUUGUAUCAGAGCACUAGACGAUGGGAAGGACGCAGCGGACCAGAUGGUGAAAGC